GUAUAUCAUAUUAGAUGGAAAGAUCAGGCCUUUGUUUUAAUAAUGUCUUCCUUUAUAUCAGGUGACGAGCGUAUUUUACGGCUAAGGAAGAGGCCUAAGGAGACUUCUUCUAAAGCAAAGACUGUACGAAUACCCUUUGGUAAUCAGGCUACAAAGAUACUCUCAAUUCCUGUAAUUGCGGAUAGAUAUAACUAUUAUAUGGGAGCAGUUGACGAGUUUGAUCACCUGACUACCCAGAACGCUGGUUUACGGCACGUAGAGCGAGGAGGGCACCAAGCACUAGAGCACUGGCUACUUCGUACGGUUCUAGUCAAUUGCUAUUUACUAGCUUUAUAUAGCGAUGUCCCUGAGCCUAGGGAAAUAAGCUUCAGAAGCCAGCAGGAUUUCAGGAGACAGCUAGUUAGUACUCUACUAGCUAAAGCCCAGGACAGU